UGUGUUGCAAAGGCUCCUCGAUGUUACUCUGUGACUUGCUUUCAGUUUGAACUCCUUUUCCAUGGUGGCCUCUUACCACCUUAUUGGAUCAUGUUGCAAGUGGUGCAUUUUGAUAGUUGGUGAUCAAAUGCCUAGAAUAUCUGUGGACGGCUAGCGAGUAGCCAUUCAGGCUAACGUUCAACUUAAGCCUCUGAGGAUCACUCAAGACCUUGCAGCACCAGGGUAUCACCAGUUCAACUGUCAGGACAAUAACCCAGGCUUGUCUAUCUCUUGUCCAUCAGUCUCUGGCACAUCCAUGGAUCACUCCAGCUGGCUUCUGUGCGUGUUCUGUGGUCUGGCCAGUGUCCCACUCAUCUCUGGCUGCUUCUGUGAUAACUACCCGUGGACCUCCUGGACCGCCUGUUCUCGAACCUGCAACCAUGGCACACAUAGUCGACGCAGGUUGAUUCGUCAGGAUGAGUACUAUUGGCAAAAUAACUGUAACAACAUGUGUGUGGCCCACGAAAGCCGGGCGUGUAAUGUCAAGGCGUGUCCAAUCAAUUGUCAGCUGACAUCGUACGGUCCGUGGUCUGAGUGCUCCCCGUGUGUCAAAAAGCAGUUCCGCACACGGUCGAUGGAGACCCCGGCUCAGUUUGGGGGAGUGGACUGCACAGAGCCCUUGAUGGAAGAGAGACCCUGCUACUCCCCCAUGGAAUGCAGGAUAGAGGCAAUCAACUGCAAAGACCUGUUCAAGUGCAACAGUGGCAGAUGCAUUGACCCCAGUCUGGAGUGUAACGAGCAGAACGACUGUGGGGAUAACUCGGACGAGCUCAACUGCGGCCAGCUGAACCCAGUGUGCAAGAGCAAGCGGAGAUACACUCCCAUCCCAGGAGCGGAGCUCACUGGAAAUGGGUUUGACAUCAUGGCUGAGGAGAUGCGGGGCACAGUCUUGGAGAGUUCCUUCCUGGGAGCGGACUGCACGUUGAAUCGAAGCAAAGAGAACAGGGUCGUGUAUCGCAUCCCGGCAAAUAUCGAGACUUAUGACCUCAAGGUGGAGUACCUGGAAGAUUUCAAAAAUGAGGAUAGUGUUGAAAUUCAGAGCAAGCCAUAUUCCCUGACAGAUGAGAUAUCUUCAGGUCCUCAGGUCGCGGAAUCCGGAGGUGGCUAUAACCUUUUCUUCUUUGGCGGCAAAAGAAGUUCCCACUCCAGCCGGGACUCCACCACUAAGACCACAAUAAAGGCGUCUCAGAAGAAGGACUCCAAGUUCUUUCGCGUCCACCAGGUCCUGGCCACAUCCACCUUUAAGAUGAAAGAAUCAGACCUGUACCUCUCCGACCCAUUCCUGAAAUUCCUCCACCAUUUGCCCCUGGAGUACAACUACCCCCUCUAUAGGGAGGUGUUCCAGCAGUUUGGUACCCACUACUUCUCAGCCGGAACCCUGGGUGGACUUUAUGAUAUCUUGUACCAGUACGACCGAGAGGAGCUCAAGAACUCAGGUCUGAAGGAUGAGCAUGUGAAUUCCUGCAUCCGACAGGAGUCCUCUUCUUUUUUCCUCUUCUUCCGUAGAAGCUCAUCAUCAUUUAGCUGUGGCACAAAUAAGAUGACAGAGAAACAUGAAGGUUCCUUCUUUAAGUCGUCCGAGCGGUCCAUCUCCAAGGUGAAGGGAGGUCGGUCAGCAGAGGCUGCAGCUCUAGUCUGGGAGAAGGACCGCGUGCCCCCAGACAGCACCACCUUCACCAACUGGCUCAAGUCCACCAUAGACAACCCGACUGUAGUAGACUAUGAGCUGGCGCCAUUAAUAAACCUUGUGCGAGGCAUCCCAUGUGCAGUCACCAAGAGGAGGCACAUGGUGACCGCUCUGGAGGACUACCUGCAGGAGUUUGACUCCUGUGCGUGUGCCCCCUGCCCAAACAAUGCCCGCCCCGUGCUCUCGGGCACUGAGUGCCUGUGCGUGUGCCAAACGGGCACCUACGGCUCCAACUGUGAGACAAGGGCCCCAGACUACACUUCAGAGGCUGUGGACGGGCGCUGGAGCUGCUGGAGUGCCUGGAGCCCCUGUGACGUCAAUCUGAAGAAGCACCGCAGCCGGAGGUGCAACAACCCUGCACCCAUGAGGGGCGGCAAGGUCUGCCAGGGGCCCGCCCAGCAGACUGAGGAGUGCCCCAUCUCCAUCUUCAAAAAGCAGAAUGUCUGCAUAAACGAUGAUGAUUUUGUGAAAGAAGGGGAUCAGAAAGAGGUGACCCCUGAGACCGGCUGCCCCAAACCAAAGCCCCCAGCCAAUAGUCACCUGAGGAUCAACAAACGGCAGUAUGACUUUGGCGAGCAUGAAGAAUUUCUGUGCUUGACUGGCUUUGAGCUGGAGGGAUACCAAUACAUCCACUGCCUGCCUGACGGCACAUGGAAGCCUGCGACAGGCCAGUGCAUCAAGAAGGCCUGUGCCAAGCCCUCUCUCCCAGCUGAGAUGACCAUGUUCCCGGUGAAAGCGGAGUAUGCGGUCGGCGAGAGCUUCGGCGUGGCCUGCGCUGCCCGAGGCCAGAGUCCCUCUGGGUCUCGCUACUACACCUGUACGAGCAGCCUGAGCUGGGAGCCACUCAUCCCUGAGGAUAUCCAGUGCCAGGAGGAUAAGCCAUUUGUGCCUGACAGCAACUGUCCCAGGGGGGAGAAGCAGGACGGCUCCGGUAAAUGUGUGUGCAUCCCACAGGAGGAGUGCAGCUCAUACAAGAAGGAUUUCUGUGUCCUGGAUGCGGCAGCAGACACCUUCUCCAUGAUGUCUUUCUGCGGCUUCCACUCGGGCCGUUGCCAUGGGGACCGGCUCUUCUUGGCAAGCGACGGACCGUGCCCGAGCGACUCAUCCAGCCAGGACUGGGCCCGCUACCGCGCACAAAUGUCCGACCAGAGCGCCGUCCAGCAGGCCUGUGGCUCGGACACCUGUUACGACUGGGAGACCUGUUCCUCAGAUAAGUGUGGGUGUAAGUUCCCGCGUGACUGCGCUAAGGACGCCCCGGUGGCGUACUGCGUGAGGAUGCUGAGGACUAAGAGCCAGAGGAGCAUGAGUGUGUGUGCCACAGCCUCGCUCAAGUGUCUGCGCAUGGAGAUGGAGAUUCUGAAGGAGGGCCCCUGUGAUGAGGCAUGAGAGGGAACGUGUCCAUGGAGUGUCCAUCAAGGGUCCAUGGUGUUUUUUUUCAGUCAUCAUGAAGUUCAAAAUUACCACACGCUACAGUAUGCAUAAAAGUUUUUUUUUUUUUUUUUUAAAUCACAUGACAUAAUGCUCCAGAUCAUUUAGAAAGGCCUUGUGUGUGAACAGGUCUGUGUUCAGAUACAUAAAGAAGGCUUACAUGUAUUUUGAAUUAAGCUACAUAUACAUAAUCUGUGUAAAAAAUACACCCUAAUUUUGAGAUUGAGAUACAAAAAAUUGUUUUACUCAACGUAACCAGGGGCGUUGAUAAAUGUAGAGGAUGUUGUAUGUUGACUGUUGCCACUAGAAUGUUUUGUGGAUGAUAGUUGGAAAGGUUGCUGUGUAAAUGUUUAAUUCUGAUGCAAUUGUUCAUUUUUUUAAAGAAAUGUAUUCAUUUUUUGUAUCCUCUUUUACAUAAAGUUUAAAAAUAUAUGUCA